GUUCUUCCGUGCUGCCGCCCCGGUGCCUCCAGCCCCCUCUGCUGCUCCUCCAGUAACCCCGCGCGGCCCGCGAGACACCGCCCGGGCAUCCCGAGAUCUACGCGCGUCUUCCCGAUAUCGCCGUGUGUCUUUCCAUGUGCCUCCGGUCUUGGCCAAGGUCACGGCAGCUGUAGGGAAGGUCCCAGCCAGGGCAGCCAGAGCCAUGUCACCCUCCAGCUUCACCUUCCUCUUCUUCCUCCUCCUGCCGGGAGUGCUGACCUUUGCCGAGUGCAGCCAUGGGCUCCGGCGGCAGAAGAGGGACUGGGUCAUCCCCCCCAUCCACUGGCCUGAGAACGACCAGGGGCCCUUCCCCAAAAAGCUGGUGCAGAUCAAAUCCAACAAGGACAAGGAGACCAAGGUUUACUACAGCGUCACAGGGCAGGGGGCGGACACUCCCCCUGUGGGCGUCUUCACCAUCGACCGUGAGACGGGGUGGCUGGAGGUGACAAAGCCGCUGAACCGAAAGCAGAUUGAUAAAUAUGUUCUCUUCUUCCACGCCAUAUCGGCCAAUGGGCAGCCCGUGGAGGACCCGAUGGAGAUCAUCAUCACCGCAACGGACCAGAAUGACAACCGGCCCGUCUUCACCCAGUCGGUUUUCCGCAGCACCGUGCUGGAGGGGGCUGAGCCGGGCACCCCCGUGCUGCAGGUGGUGGCCAUGGACACCGAUGGCACUGUGAGCUCCAGCAAUGGGGUUGUGGUCUACUCCAUCCUGCGCCAGACACCAGACCAGCCCCAGCCCCACAUGUUUGCCAUCAACGGCAGCACCGGGGUGAUCUCCGUGGCAGUGGCAGGGCUGGUGGCACAGGCUGUCCCCGAAUACACCCUGGAGAUCCAGGCCGUCAACCCGGAAGGUUCCAGGCUGCGGGCCACUGCCACUGCCCACAUCAAAGUUCAGGCCAGCAGCAUGUCCGGGACAGCGAAAGGCUCCUUGACCACCCACGUGCUGAAUACAGCCACGGGGCUGCCGGCAGCCGGCCUCGCCAUCCACCUGGCCCAGCUGCAGGAGCCGGGGCAGUGGACGGAGGUGGUGCAGAGGUGGACCAACGAGGACGGGCGCUGCCAGCCCCUCCUGGCUGCGGGAGAGGCCAGGGCCGGCACCUACAAGCUGCGCUUUGAGACGGCAGCGUACUGGCAGGGCCUGGGGCACACCAGCUUCUACCCCUUUGUGGAGGUUGUCUUCACCAUCACGGACCCGGCGCGGAAGCUGCACAUCCCGCUGCUGAUCAGCCCCUACUCCUACACCACGUACCGGGGCAGUUAGGGGACAGGCGUGUCCUCCCCCUAGGGACACAGGGCACCAAGGGGAACUACGGUACCGACACCAUUAAAGGCUUCAAACAGCA